CCAACCACUAUUACCACUAAGAACCAUGAAGGUAGUUACAAGCUCAAUAGUAAUAUAUCCAGUAUUUAUAAGUUAUCAGAUAUCCAAAGGGCCCUCUAUGACCUUGAAAAUAGUGAUCAGAAUAGAGCUCAAGUUGAAAAAGAUCUGCAUCUAGCACCCAAUAGCAAUCAAGCAUUGUAA